AUGGCUCCGGGGGUUUUGUCUAGCACCAAUGGACACGACCAUCGGUCAGACUCGGCGAGCCCCGCGAAUGGCAUUAAUGGCAGGAUCUCUGAACUUCUAAGUAACGGUCAGGGCACGGACCGCUCUGCUGCACCGGCUUUCUAUUCUGCAUCUCCAGGGGAAAUCCACGACCUUGUAUGCGUGGGCUUUGGGCCGGCCUCUCUGGCAAUUGCAGUUGCUCUCCAUGACUCGCUGCGUGCUCAGAGGGAAGCCGACCCGGAGGUUGCCCCUCCCACCGUACGCUUCCUGGAAAGACAAGGGGCCUUCAAAUGGCAUGCCGGGAUGUUGCUUCCCGGCGCAAAGAUGCAGAUUUCAUUCAUCAAAGACCUUGCCACGCUCCGAGAUCCCACAAGCCAUUUCACCUUUUUGAAUUACCUGAAGGAGCACGAUCGAUUGGUACAAUUCUCGAAUCUGGGUACCUUCCUCCCGUCGCGGCUGGAGUUCGACGACUAUCUGCAGUGGGCGGCCCGCCAUUUUGAACAUGUUGUCGAGUACAGUCAAGAGGUUGACUCGAUCCAGCCACGAAGAUUGGCUGGGGCCGAGAAGUAUGACUGCUUCGAAGUUGUGUCACGGAGCCUCGCCACUGGCCGGACUAUGAGUUUUCUGAGCCGAAAUGUCGUGAUAGCAGUAGGUGGUCGACCCGCAAGGCCGUCACUGUUUCCGGCUUACCAUGACCGUAUUCUGCACUCAUCUGAAUACCACACGAGAAUCAGCCACGUGCUGCCUGAUAGGGACCAAACUUACAACAUUGCUGUUGUGGGUGGCGGCCAAAGUGCUGCCGAGGUUUUCAAUGAUCUCCAUCACCGUUAUCCCAACGCCAGCACCAGGCUCAUCAUCCGAGACUCUGCACUUCGGCCCAGUGACGAUUCACCAUUCGUCAAUGAAGUCUUCAAUCCCGAAGCAGUCGAUGCUUUCUUCGAGCAGCCAGACGAUAUCCGUGCUGAAAAUGUGAAAAAGAACAAGGCCACCAACUACAGUGUUGUGCGCCUCGAACUGCUUGAGAAGCUUUACGAUGACCUUUAUAUCCAAGGAAUCAAGCAACCAGAUAAGCGGCUUUGGCAACAUCAGAUUCUGCCGCUCCGGGAAAUCUCGGAAUUCGUCGACAAUGGACCCAAUGAACAACUCAGCUUGAUUCUGACCGACCUGAACCCGUCGAAUAGCAACGGCCGGGAAAAGCUGUCGGUCGAUGUAGUUGUGUUGGCCACUGGCUAUCGGCGAGACGCACAUGUUGAUAUGCUCAAAGCUUGUCAGGGCAUCAACUCCAGUUUGGAUGGGCAGUGGCAACCUGGACGUGAUUACGGUUUGAAACUGGAUCGUGCGUCUGUGCAGGAUGGCAUUGGACUCUGGCUGCAGGGAUGCAAUGAGGCCACUCACGGCUUGUCUGAUACUCUGCUGUCCAUUCUGUCCACUCGAAGCGGAGAGUUGGUGGAUUCUAUCUUCGGAACCCAUUCGAACCUUAAGGGUCAUUGA